UUUUUUUAAAGAGGUCCUGAUUCUAGGAUCUAGAUUUCUCGAAUAAUUGAUCUAGACUAGUCUAGAUCUCUUCUAGAGUCUAGAUCUACUUUUAAAUUGAAAAGCUUGUCAUCUACCAUUAGCAUUACACCCAUUAGUCAAGUACUGCUCUACUAAGAUUUUAAAAUGGGAGGAAUGAACAGCUGCUGCAUUCCGCAUCACAUAAACAAUGACGUGGACAUCAGCACAACAACAAGCACGCCGAAAAAGAAGGGUCAUAGCCGGAAUCUUAGCGAAACCUUUAACUUAUCAGUUAUUGAUGACCCUAACAGAAAAAUAGAGAACAGCCUGGUUAACAUCAACUCGGCCACUGAGGAGGAACUGAUGACUCUUCCUGGCAUAUCCAGAGCCACAGCCAGGAAUAUCAUUGACUACAGAAAUCAUAUUGGUGGAUUUAAAUGUAUCGAGGAUGUGGCUUUGGCUUCAGGGGUGGGAGCUGCAAAGUUGUCACAUAUUCGUGGUGACAUAUACGUUUCAUCAACAGCAGAUCCUGAACCGAAAUCUGUUAACGGAAAUACAACCUUACAGCAAAAUGGAACAACUGGGUCUAAGUUAAUUGUUAGUGUCAAUUCUGCAAAUGUUUUUUCGCUUAUAAAAGUCAAAGGAAUUGACAUGACAAUGGCUAAAAAUAUUGUAGCAUACAGAGAAAAACAUGGCCUGUUUAAGUCCAUUGAAGACCUCUUGAAAAUAAAAGGCAUUGCGCCAAACAAUUUGGAUGUAAUUCGGUCAUUUUUAACGCUUGAAGUCAAGCAGGAAACUUCCACAGCAGCUGAACCUGCGACUAAUGGUGUGACUAACAAAGCAGCAGUGAAAGAGAAAACAGAGGAUUACAUCAGAAGAUCUACAUCUUCAUUGGAGAAUUUGUUGGAAAUUUUAGGUCCUUUGGCCAAGGUGCCAGAUAGGCCUAGUGUUGAAGCGGUGGCAUUAAAACACAACAACAGAAAUGUUUUCAGGCUAUCUUCUUGGAAUUUAGAAAAAUUUUCAUCGGAGAAAGCAAGUAACCCUGGCGUGAAAGAUGUUGUGUGCAUGACAAUACUGGAAAAUGGGUUUGGUAUUUUAGCAGUUCAAGAAAUAGCUGACAAAAAGGCAUUAACUGAAAUUUGUAAAGAGCUUAAUUCACCCACUUUACCCAAUGUGAAGAAAUGGAAAGGCAGAAGAGGACAGUGGGACUGUGUUGUAUCAGAGGCAACUGGUCGCAUGCACCAGAGUAUGGAGUAUAAUGGAUUCCUUUAUGACAAGUCGCAAGGCAUUGAACUAAUUAAAUCUUGUCUUAUUGAAAAAUCUUUGGGCAAAAACAAGGUUUUCACUCGUUCACCUUUUGUUGGGAUAUUCAAGAUUAAAGGUAUUUUUGACUGUGUGGUGGUCAGUGUCCACCUGAAGGCUACAGGGCUGCAUGGAGAAGAUAUGGACAAAACUGAGAAGGAGGUGGGGAGCAUUGACGACAUGAUCACAGCCAUUAAGGAGAAGCUAAAAGGUGAGGAGGAUAUCAUAAUAGUUGGUGAUUUCAACCUAGGCCCUGAGGCUAAUGCCUAUGAAGAUCUACAGCAGCUGGACUAUGUCAACUGUAUCCCAGCUGACACCUUCACAAACAUCAGCAACAACAAAGCUUCAGGGAGCAAAAAUUAUGAUAACAUUUGGAUUAGUAAACAAACACAGAAGGUUUAUACAGGUGUGAGUGGUGUGGUCAGAGAGGGUCUGUCUAGUACCUGGAUACCCAACGGGUGGUCAUGGGGUGGUGUGGUUAGUGACCACUGUCCAGUAUAUACUCAGCUGUAUGCAGACAAAGACCUGGAUAAAGGAAAUCUGCCUAGCAAGGACGACGAACUUAAAAUAAAUGUUUCGGCCAUUUCAAAAUGAAAGGCACGACUUUUUUGUCGAACCAUGAAUUACCAAAAUAACAUGUUACAAAAUUUUGUUAUAAUAUUCUUAGCUUUAAGUAGGCACAUAAAAAGCAAUAUUUGAAGUGAUAUUGGCAAAGGAUUAUAUUAAGGUUAAUAUUUUUGUUGAAGGAUAUUCAGAACAAUGCAAUUAUUUUGUAUAUAAAUUUGCAAAUGUAGCACAACACUGGUGUGUUUUUAAUUGAAGGAAUACUAUAUACAGAAAGUAGAUUAUUUUGAAAACUCUGCAUGUGUAUAUAAUCUGAGAAUCCUAGUUAUAUAUAAUUAACCUUGCUAUUUAUUUAGCUUAUGUUUCAAUGAGCUUUA